CUCUGAGAAAGACCAGUUUUCUGUCUUCUGUCUUCGGUUGUUUUCAACUACUGCGCCUGAGAAAUAUUUGCCACAGGUUUUGAUUUCAAUUUCAGUUUCCUAUCACAGUUCAACGAAGACACAACACGACAUGAAACAGUUUAUCAUCUUGGUCGUUUGUGCAUUGGGUGUCAGUCAGGCGGACGUGUCGCAUUUGAGCAGCACUCCGGAGCCACAUGCACCUGCCAGUCCGUAUGUGUUCAGCUAUCAGGCAGGACGCACUCCUGGUCAUGUCGAUCGGCAACACACAGAGGUCUCCGAUGGCUCGGGCGUCAUACGUGGUGCCUUCUCCUACGUGGAUCCCAGGAAUGAAGUGCGCACCGUGCAAUACGUUGCCGAUGAGCACGGCUUCCAUCCGCAGCUGAGUCAUCAGCUGGAAGACAGCGCUGCCGUCAAGGCAGCCAAGCAGCGGCAUUUGGCAGCUUACAAUCGCAUUGCACAAGAACACGCCAACCACACACCAGGCCAAGCAGCACUUUCAGCUGCUCCCCGUGGAAGUGCCGCCGUCAUUCAUGCAACCCAAAAGCACUUGAACGCGUUCGACCGAAUCGCAGCUGAACAUGCUGCCAUUGGGGCACAGCAAGAGGCACAACGUUUGGCUCUGGCGGCGCAGUCGGAGCACAGUGACAUUGACAAUGGACAAUAUCAUCCAUAAAUUGCCAAAUAACAAUAAA